GGUGAUCCAGGUGUAGAAGAAACACUCAUAUUAUCACCUGUUUGUUGAGAUGAAGGUGAGCCCAUCGAUUGUUGUUGUUGUUGUUGUUGCUGUUGUUGUUGAAUAACGCGUUGAGCUACCAUCUGAUUGACAAUAGUUUGAAGCAUAAUGAGUUUAGACUGAGCUUCUUGUUCUUGUUUUCUUGCUGCUUCUUUUUCUUCAUUUGAAAUAUCUGGUCUUUCCAUAUUUCUACGUAUCAUGGCUAUUUGAUUAUUAAAGAACUCAAUUUGUUGUUGAUAUUGAGUGAUAGCUUGUGGAAUUUGUGGUAUAUGUGCAGGCUGUUGAUUGUUCGACAUGAUGAAAUACGCGUAUACUUGAAGAAGAAGAAAAAAAAAAACUUUAAAGCAUAGACUUGUUCGUAUGUGACUUUUUUUUUCUUUUUUGUUGUUGUUGUUGGAUGUUUAUUGGUAUCACUGGAUCACUCAGUAGUGGUAAACAUACUGUAGCUCAAUACUUGGUAGAGAGACACCAGUUUCAAUACUUGACUUUGGUAGAGCAUGCAGAUAGACUAGGUAGAGAUCCGUUAUACGACCAUGCCAAACAAUUUAUCACAGUAAAUGAUAUGCAACAGUAUGUUACUGAACACUGGCAAGAUAACUUUGUAACGUGUGAUGUAGACAGUCGAGAUCUAUGGGCUUUAAAAAAACGCCCCUUUUUCUUAUUAGUCUCUGUGGAAGCACCUAUCACUCUACGUUAUGAGCGCACCAAUCAAAGACUUACUUUGAAGCAACAAGCAAACAUAAGCCUAGAAUCAUUUUUGGCUCAAGAUGAUCAAUCUACAUUCAAUAUCUCUGCUGAAGAUAAGGACGAGAUAGUGUCUGCCACACCCUUACUGAAUAUCAUGGUCUCUUCCGAUUUGACUAUCGCCAAUGUUUAUCGUGACACAUACAGUCUAUUUGAAGCCUUGGAUCGUCGUGAUUUGAUCAACAAGGAGCGUUUGAGACCGACAUGGGAUACGUAUUUUAUGCAGCUAUCUGACUUAGCAGCCCAACGAUCCAACUGUAUGAAACGACGUGUGGGUUGUAUCCUAGUGAAGGAUCACCGUGUGAUUGCUACAGGUUAUAAUGGCACACCGCGCGGAUUGCGUAACUGUAACGAAGGAGGGUGUGGCAGAUGCAAUGAUGCAUCCCCGUGUGGUACCGGACUUGACCGAUGUCUCUGUAUGCAUGCUGAGGAGAAUGCUCUGCUAGAAGCAGGAAGAAGCAUUGUUGUGCAUGAUAGUAGUGUCGUACUCUAUUGUAACACAUGCCCUUGUUUAGGAUGUGCUAUCAAGAUUGUUCAGCAAGGUGUGAAGGAAGUUGUCUAUAAUAGAUCGUAUGGAAUGGAUCAAAUGACAGCCAGCGUCUUUAGAGAAGCCAAUGUGAAAUUAAGGCAGCAUAGUCCACCUUCUUUAAGGGUAGAGAUGCGCACUGAUAUAGAAGAAGAGAUUUCAUUAUUAGGUUUAAAAUAAAAUAAAAAUUUUCACAUUACUGAAUUAGGUAGAUUCUUGCCUUUAUCUGAUCGUAAACAGUGAUAGUGUGUACUACGUAUGAAUAAUAAAGUUUCUACCAUUGAAUCGAUAUAUAAAUGCUACCUGGUUCC